CAUCCUGUCAAUACAUCCGGCGGCUUUAGAUGCCUCCGGUUUCUCCCCUUCCCAGCCUACUUCUAGUUGGGCACUUGGGCGACAAGGGGAGUGGAUUUCGCCAUGGAGGAUUCUAGCGGCAGCUCGCCGUCGCCGGCCAUCCUACGGAAUAGGUACUGGAUCGUUCGCCACGGCCGCAGCGUCCCCAACGAGCGCGGCCUCAUCGUCUCAUCUCUGGAGAAUGGCACGAAGCCGGAGUUCGGGCUGGCCCCGCAGGGAUUCGAGCAGGCGCGCGCUGCCGGCGAGCAGCUACGGAAGGAGCUCGAAGAGAUGGGUGUGCCGGUGGAUUCUGUCAAGAUCCGUUACUCGCCCUUCUCGCGGACUACUGAGACGGCCAGAGCGGUCGCUGGUGUGCUCGGCAUCCCCUUUGAAGGUCCUAGCUGCGAAGCUGUGAUGGGACUCUGUGAGCGCUACUUUGGACCAUCAUAUGAGUUACUUUCACAUGAUAAGUAUGCAGAGGUAUGGGCAGUAGACGAAGCACAUCCCUAUAUGGCUCCAGAAGGUGGUGAAAGUGUUGCAGAUGUUGCUAAUAGACUUUCAGCUGUGCUGUCUUCUACAGAGUCAGAGUUUCAUAGCUCAGCAAUCCUUAUUGUCAGCCAUGGGGACCCACUACAAAUCUUUCAAGCUGUACUCAGUGCAGCCAAGGAGAAUUCAUCUUUCCUUGACGUGAGCGACCUGAAAGUGAAAGGCACGACUUUGGCAUCUGUGCUAUCACAGCACCGCAAGUUUGCACUCGCCACAGGAGAACUGCGGCGAGUCGUGUGACUAGCUGCUUCUUGGAUUUUGCUUUGCUAUUCAAUAGAUAAUUUGUAAGCCCCAAUCUUCAUCUAGCUCAUUUCGAUGUGACUAGACUGGGAAAUUGAAAGCAUACAGAAUCCAUGGUUAUUCAACUUUAUAGGAAUAUUCACCCCCAACACCCGGCAAUCGGCAGGGAGCACCAACCUUGCGGAGCUCACAACCAACAUGCUCAGCCACCCAACUCGCCGAGCCUCCGCGAGCACUACACCCUGGGCCGCAAGCUUAGGCAGGAGCUGUUUGGCACCACCAACCACUGGACAGACAUCGCCAUGGUCGUGACUGUGCCUGCAAGUCCUUCAGCUCGCGGCGGCAGCACCUCCGGUUCAGUUUCAACGCAUUGAUUUCUUUGUUUUUUUCAAUCGGACCGACAAAUCUGGAUCUGGUGCGUGAAUUUCCUUGUUGAGUGUAGUUUUUUCAUGUAUGGUUUUCUUUGCCUUUUCGAUUCGGACUAACAAUCUGGUGCUAGAUUGUUUGCUUUUCCUUGUUGAAUAGAAGUACUUCAGAAGUUGUGCUAAUGUUAUCAUACCCAGUACAGGGUUAUGUUAUCAGUUUGAACCAAUCA